CACGCCUCAUCUCUCUUCUUGAUUCCCCGGUCCGCUACAAUCAUCUCAGACCAGAAUCCAUGGUAUUCAAUCCCACUACGAAUAAAUAUGUGGGCUCUAUUCCCACGAUGCGUCUUAUUUAUACAUUACUUCAUAACACCGCUGCGUUUAUCACCUGCGCAGGUACGAACAAGAUACUUCCUGAUGUUGAGGAAGGUCCCGUGUGGGGUAUGACUCGUCUAGCCUCCCUCCACAUGGGUAUGCAGUGCUUUGGAGCUAUGUUGUUCGCAUGGGCUCCGGAACAUUAUUUUGCCCUGCGCAAAUGGGACACAGCCAAAGAAGCUUCGAACGCCCUUCGAUCAGCGUUGUUCGCCCACAGUCACACCAUUCUUUGCUGCGCCCUGAUAAUCGAUUGCUGCUGGACGAUGGGGCAGGACGGAGUUUGGAAUUUAGGGGCUUAUUUUGGAUCACAGAAGAACGACGUGCUGCAUGAGUGCCUUUCUGGUGUCAAACCCGACGGAUUCCGCGUCCGAGCACGUGUCCAUUCAAUUUUGAAAUCGAGGACGAUCUCACGAUCCAUCGACUAUAUCUACGCGCACCUCCUUUCUCCGGACCCCGCCGUUAACUUGACGGUUUUCUUUGAUGAGGAUCUGGGACGGCAAUAUAUAGCGCUGUGGCCCAUGGUUCAUCGACCCUUGCACGUCCGACAGGCGCCUUUCGAGCAUUAUCUCACGCUGCUGAUUGCUAACAUGAAUCAGUCAUUUGGACAAAUCACUGAUUCUAUUCGGUACGAUGUGGUGAUCGCUUCGAAUGACAGCGAGGGAGAUCAAAUGCCGGAUCUUAUUUCGGUUACUGCCGACGAUGGACAGGAAGAUCCUCCUGAGUACGAAGGAGAUCGAAUGACGGAGACUCAGUAAAUACUACUAUAUUUUCAAAAAAAAAGGAAAUGUAGUUCUUUG